UUUCUUCCCUCCCCAGAUGAGUGGAAGGAGAAAAUAGAAGAAGUUUAUGUUGCAAAUGUGUGUUUAACAGAUGACGUUUAAUAAGUACAUAUUAAGCCGGGAUAAAGUACAGUAUCUGCCAACAUUUCUUAUCAAUGUAUUCACGUAAUUUUACACAUCAAUUUAAAUCACUCGAAAAAAAAAACAAGAAUCAGUAUAUUUUAUUAUAAGUAGUUUCUCUUCCUACAUCUGAAAAUCAACGAUCGCAUGUGCUGAUGCCGGCUCUUAUUAGUGCUUGUGCAAUUCCAAUUUCAAUGCUAUUUUGGUUUGUAAACGUGAUUUACUCAACCUUUUAUUUGGAUUCUGAAAACCACUUUGAAGAACACCUGGUUGUGUCACCAUGGAGGUGGUUAACCGCUGUUGUAAUUCCAAUUUUUAUGGCUCUUUGGGGAUUGAAAAGAAAAAGCGUGGAUGUCAGCGGUGCUGUUCUUGGAUUAUUUAUGGGUUUCAUUUUAACACUUACCAGUUUUUGUCAUCUGGCUUGUCUCUUUGCAUUCUUUGUUACCUCCUCUAAAGCCACAAAGUUUCGAGCUCAUCAGAAAAGGAAACUUGAAACAGAUUUUAAGGAUGGUGGCCAAAGAAACUGGAUUCAGGUUUUAUGCAAUGGUGGUAUGGCAACACAGUUAGCACUUUUAUACUUGUUGGAUGUAGGAUGUGUAGAACAACCAAUUCAUUUUGAUAAAUACUACAGAAGUUCCUGGCUAUCAAUAGGGAUUUUAGGAGCGUUCGCGUGUUGCAAUGGAGAUACCUGGGCAUCAGAAAUAGGCUCAGUUGUUGGUAGCAAAGAUCCUUUUCUAAUUACUUCAUUUAAACGUGUUCCAAAAGGAACGAAUGGUGGUGUUUCAUGGGUAGGUCUAGCUGUUUCUGCACUUGGUGGUAUGACCGUAGGUUUGUUUGAUUAUUUAAUCAUACUGCUCACUGUAGAUACAGCCGUACUUCAGUUAGCAGCACCACAAUGGCCUAUUAUUAUUGUUGGAGGAAUCGGAGGUUUGUUCGGUAGUGUAAUAGAUUCUCUAUUGGGGGCCACUUUACAAUAUUCUGGUGUGAAUGAAAAAGGAGUGAUAGUAGAACAUCCGGGAAAGGGUGUGAAACACGUAUGUGGCAGACAAAUUUUGGACAAUCAUAGUGUGAAUCUUUUAUCAAGUGUUCUCACUGCCCUGAUAUUACCAGAAAUAGCAAAAUUAAAUUGGCCUUAAAAAAUACGUAUAAUUAAAUACCCCAAUAUUUAAUUCAAUAUUUAAAUAAAGAUACAUUUAAUUAAUUAAUUUAGCAAUACAGAUAUAUAUUUAUUUAAAUAUUUAAUUAAAUAUAUAUAUACUUAUUCUCGAACGUGUUUUUUGUAAUAAAACGUAUAUUGAUAUAAACACCCGUUUCAUAUACCCGGUUGUCAUAGUUAAACUGAUCGUAAAUUGACUUUAGUUUAUAAUUAUUUAUAUGUUACUCUUUAUUGUAACUAGAUGAUAUAUAUUAAGUUUAACAAAAAUAUAUAUUAAUUGGGUUUGUUAACCGUCCAUAUAGUACUAUGUAUUUCCCGAAACUGAAAUGUUUUUAGUAAAAAUAAUGUAAAGAUAAUAUAUAAUAAAAAUAUAGUCCCCAUCGCGGGGACUGUAAAAUAUGUUAACCC